GUCCGCGCAUGUUUAGGCGAUCGCCCUGUGUGCAGCGCUAGCUGAAAAGAAUCCCUGACGUAGGUGAAGCAACUCUGUAAAUAUUUCCAUUUUUAAGUCGAUUUUGUGGCUCAUGUCCUUGUAAAAUAUCAUCGUCCCCAUCGGCAGAGCAGCCUCGACACUAGGGACGGGUUGUUUUGAUAUGGAGCAUGUUUGUUCGAUGCGGAAACGGGAUUCCGUGUUAACGGCACUGCAAGGAUUGCUGAUGGUUUAGUCCGGUGGCGGUCAGAGAGACAUUAUUUUCGCUCCGUCGCUCGGGAAACACCCUGGAAGCAAUGAACGGCACGGUGGAAAAUAAUUCGAUGGCAAGUGCCCCGCCACUGCCAGGAGCAUCGCCCGCCGCUAGUAUGGUAACGCAGCAGAAGGCGGCACGCAACUUCAAACUGCUGGUCGAUCCGUUUCUCCACAGAGGCACGCAGAAGAUCUAUCGCUACGAUGGUGUCGUGCCGGGCGAUCCGAACCAUCCGCCGGUGAUACCGCGCGACCCACGCAACCCGCUUGCCCGCAUUCGAUCCCGCGUUGAACCGCUAGACAUCCCGGUGCCGAGGUUUAAAAUCGAUCAGCACUAUGUCGGAGAGCCGCCGGCAAUUGAGAUCACAAUCACGAACCUGAACGACAACAUCGACAAGCCGUUUCUGUCGGACAUGCUGGCCAAAUGCGGAACGUUCACCGAGCUGUACAUUUACUACCAUCCGGUAUCGAACAAGCAUCUCGGCCUGGCCCGCAUCGUGUUCGAGCAGGUCCGGUCGGCACUGCUGUGCGUGGAAAAGCUGAACGGUACCUCGGUUAUGGGCAAAGUGUUGAACGUGUUCAAGGACCCGUUCGGUGAACAGUGCAAGCGGAUACUGCAGGAGAAAACGUCCGAAAAGAAACCGUCCCAGCCUCAGCCCCCGUUGCCGCCAUUGCCUCCGGCCAGUACCAACCAUCAUUCCCUCGUACCGAACGCCUCGGUGGGCGAUCCACUCGGACUGAAGGCGUCACUAAGCUCGAGACCGCCGGCGCCGUACCGAAAAGCCCCACCAGAACCGGACCACGCUCCCGAGCCGUGGGAAAAGAAGGCACACCAAACGCUCGGCGAAGACUCGGAGCUGUGGGACGGAGACGAGUUUUCGGGCAGUGCGGGCAACAGCCAGGAUUCGACCUACUACAGCAAGGAGAAAAGCGCAAGCCGCAGCCAGUACAGUGGCGAGUGGGAUGACGAUGGUCGCAGCCGGGAUGGAAAGUACUACGACGAGAAGGAGCGUAAACAUCACCAUCAUCACAAGAGCGAUCGUGUGCGGGAUCGGGACCGGGAGCGCGAGAAGGACCGCGAUCGGUAUCGGGACCGGGAACGGGACCGAGAUCGGGACCGCGAUCGGGAUCGUGAGCGGGAUCGGGAUCGGGAUCGAACGCGUGACCGACAUCGGGACCGUGAUAGGACGCGCGAACGCGACCGUGAUCGUACGCGCGAUCGUGAGUAUCGUGAUCGUGAGUUUGAUUCGAAAAAACGAAGCAAAAGCUACCGGGAUUCUUGGUACGGUGGCGAAACAGAAGGCUACACCGGGGGAAGUCGGUACGAGGGUGGUGCCGCGUACGACUACUACUCCACGCCAUCAGCAUACACCGGUAGCGCGGAGUACGGCAGUACGUACGGGUACCCGCCGUCCGAAAGCAGCUACGGGACGCCCUCAUCCUCCGCUGCAAAGUGGGCUCCACCGCAACCACCGGCACCGCCACCACCACCCCCACCCGAGGAAAAUUGGGACAGUGCAUCUAAACCGCCAGCGCCACCACCGCUCCCGAUCGGCAGCAGUAGCAGUAGCAACGCCAGCAAAACCAUCUUGGACGAAGGCGAACUGUGGGACACCGACACAGUGCCAUCGUCCACCGGGACGAAGGCGGCUCCGCCCCUGCCAGCGUCAUCCCCUCCGCCCGAACCGAAAGCCCCGAAGGGGCCCGGCGCCAACGAUGAGGACAGUGGCAGCACGCUCGAUCUGGACACACGAAUAGCGCUGCUAUUUAAGGAGAAAACGUUCGGUGGAAGCUUUCUGCAGCUCAGUGACGAUGAGGAAGAGGACCGGAAGCAGGAGAUAGUGCCCGGCAGUGGUUGUGCGACGGCCGAGGACAGCACGCACCCCGACACUAGUCACUUAAAGGAGGAACCGAUGGACUUGGAUGAUACCGUGACGGUCAGCCAUCGGCCUCCGAGCCCACCGCCCCCGAUGGAAGUAGCGCAACCACCUCCGCCCCUGCCGCCCCCGGUUGACGAGGAAUCGAUCGAGCCGAAGCAACCGAAGCGGGAACCAAAAAUCGAAUGCCUCAAGGAGGAGGGCGCGAGUGACAUUUCCUCGAGCGACGACGAGAUCCUCGCCAAGGACGAGGACGAUAAUUCCCGCUCGAUGCCGUCCGGCGAGGUGAAGCUGGCAAGUUUGGACGACGCGAAGCAGGGCUCGUUGCAACCGGCGGCACCGCCCCUACCGACAGAACCUGCCCCGGCCGUUCCACCACCGCCGGAACCGAUCGAAGGGGCCGGCUUUUCCUUCCUCUACCCCACGAACCAGUACUACAGUUACGGUGCGCAGCCGGCUUCGGCUACGUCCGCCUACUAUCCCGGCUACCCGACCGGAUUUCCCGGUGCGCCGCUGUUCAACUCGUACGGCAUGCCAGCGUCCGGCGGGAUGUACUACGCUUCCGGCAAGCCGGCGGACGAUGGGCCGUCCGCACUGCUGGAGGCUGCUGGUGCGGUCGGCAUGAAGGAUCGGGCCCGCGGUACGAAACGGAACCGCUACGAGGUGGUGAUCGAUGCCGUCGUCGAGCGGGUGGUGACCGAGCUGAAGCAGAUCCUGAAGAAAGAUUUCAACAAAAAGAUGAUCGAAAACACCGCCUUCAAGAAGUACGAAGCGUGGUGGGACGAGGAGGAGCGUAAACACAAGUGCGGUGCGGGCAAGAGCGCAGCUAGCGAAUCGUCCGGGCUGGCCGGCACAUCAGCGGGCGCCGCUGGUACUGUCGGCGGUGCAACCGUGGCGGGCGUAGCGCUGAAGAUCGAAAAACCGCCCGACAUUAACCAUCUGCUGAGCCAAACGUACGACAAUCUGGACAGCAAUAGCGGUGGGUUCGUUGGGCUGGGCCUGCGCGCCACCAUACCGAAGAUGCCGAGCUUCCGGCGCAUCCGCAAGCAGCCGAGCCCGGUGCCGCAGGACGAAGAUUCGCGCAAGAGCGACCAGGACGAUAUGGUGCGGGGAUCUGACUCGGAGAAGGAAUCUUCUAGCGGCGGCGGAGGCGGCAGCGGUGGUGCUGCGGCGGGACCGUCCACCGCUUCCGGCAGCGGCGAAUCGUCGUCCGCCGGCAAGGGACGCGACGCGGAACAAUCCUCCCCCAGCCACAUGACCCCGAGCAGCAGCAGCAGUAGCAGCAGGGCCGGGGGCGUGUCGUCGGAUUCCACGCCGGGCAGGAUAGCGGUGGCGGCGACCUCGUCAGCGGUGGCGGGUUCGUCACGGACGACCGAAAAACGCAUGCCUAGCGUUUCCUCCUUCACGUCGAGCAGCGAAGAGGAGGAAUCGAGCGUGAGCGAUUCGGACGACAGCCUCGAAUCGGGCUCGCUCUCGGACGUGGACACAAACGCGGUGCCCGGGUACGCGACGAAGCGUGCCCGCGAGCGGCGGGAACGAGAGAAUCGAAUUUACUCCGACUCGGACAGUGAUACGGGCGAGGCACACCCGAUUAAAGCCCGCCCGGGCAACAGCUUCGCCGCGCGGCGCUUGAAGGAGGGCGGAAAGGUGGGCAAAAUCUACUCCGAUUCGGAUUCGGACGAGGUGAGAGCCCCGCCCCGGAAGGAAGUGCUGCCGGCAGUGUCGACCGAGCGGCGGCGAAGCCGAAGCCCAUUGGAUGGAUUGGUCAAGCCGGCGGGAGAGAAACCAACCCGGCCCGUCGAUUCUUCCCAACUGCCAAAGCUUUCGUUGCAGGAGCUGCACGAAGAUUUCUCGCCCAGCUCGGGCGACGAGAUGCUGCUGAUGAGCGACGAUCGGGACGAGCAGAAGGAGGAGGACGAGGAGCAGAAGCGAAAGCAGUCCAAGGAGCACCAGGAAGCGCCACAGCAGACACCGCGAACACCGGGCCGCGAAUCGCCAAAGACAGCGAACAGCAACAGUGUGACAGCAAGCAAUAGCGAUAGCAAUCGGCAGAACCAUCAGUCCUCGUCGGCGUACGGUAUGCUGGACCGCAUCUACAGCGAUUCGGACGAGGAGCGGGAGUACCAGGAGAAGCGGCGGCGCAAGGCCGAAUGCCUGCAGCAGAUCGACAAGGAGUGCAUGGAGGAGUGGGAACGGAUGGCAGUGGAGAUAGGGGCCCGCAAGGAAAGGGAAGCCGGGCUCGCCAGAGGCAAAACGUUGGCGUCGCUUGACAGUAAGAAGGCAUUCGCCAGCGGGGGCAAAAUGUCGAGCCUGGAUGAGCCGCUUACCCCGAACCUUACCCAGCCGCCACCCACUCCGGGGGCGGGCCUGGGUGAGCUGCGUAAGCAUCCACUGAACUCCCUGUUCCCCGGCAGCACCACCGAUGGCGAGGGCACUGAUCAGAAAGAAGGUGGCGCGAAGGACCAGGCGACGAGCUUACCAUCGACGAGUGCGAAGAAAAGGAAGAGUGGUGGUGCUGCUGCUGUUGGUAGACCGCCGAAAGGGGCAGCUCGCAAGGGAGGAGUGAAGGAAGAGCUGAACGGGUCGGAACCAUUGCCAGUAGCGCAGGCAGAAAGCACAGCAACGACCACGGUACGGACGGCCCUGGUUUCGAGCUCAUCGGACGACUUCUUCAUGCCUGGGGAUGAGAGCGUACGACGGGCGGCCAAGGCCUCGCCAGCCUCCUCGGACGGUGGCUCGAGCCAGGCUAGCCAGGUGGCGCUCGACCACUGCUACUCGUUACCUCCGUCCGCCUCGCCAUCGUCGUCAUCGCCCCAGCAGCAGUCCGACUCGUCGACGACGGCCACCAACAGC